GACCCUCCCCGCCCCCGUUCGGGCGCUCGCAAGAUGGCGGCGGCGGCGGCGGUUCGGGGCCGGCGGUUCAAGUGGUCGCUGGAGCUUUCGGCAGCGCCCGGGGGGCGGCCCCGCGGAGCCGCCGAGGGCCGCGGGCCGCUGGGGUUCGCCGAGCGGCAGCUGGGGGAAGGCAGCGUCCACGAGAGCGACAAAAUCCUCAUGGAGAAGCGCUGCUGGGAUGUGGCACUGGCACCGCUGAAGCAGAUCCCGAUGAACUUAUUCAUCAUGUACAUGGCCGGCAACACCAUCUCCAUCUUCCCUGCCAUGAUGGUGUGCAUGAUGGGCUGGCGCCCGCUGCAGGCCCUCAUGUCCCUCUCUGCCACACUGAAGGCCCUGGAGAGCUCCAGCCGGCGGGCACUGCAGGGACUGGUCUUCCUCGUGGGCAAUGGGCUGGGGCUGGCGCUGGCCCUCUACAAGUGCCAGGCCAUGGGGCUGCUGCCCACUCGCCCCUCCGACUGGUUGGCCUUCGUAGCCCCCCCACAGCGGAUGGAAUUCACUGGUGGGGGGCUCAUCCUGUGACCCAGCGUGCACACACCUCAAUAAAGGCGAUGGCAGGCUGUUGA